UAAUUGGAGAAUAAUUGCUUAAUAUUGAUUGUGCUAGAGCUGUACUAUUAAAGGCCAAGAUAAAAAUAAUAAAUGCACUAAUACUAGCCUUUUAAAAGAAAAUAGAAUGUCUUAUUUUCAAGAAAAACUUAUAUUAAAGCUUCAAUUGUGCUUCAUUAGUACGAAGUUGCGUACAUAUAUUUCUAUUGUAACGUUCCUAAUUCGAUUUACGUGAAUAUAAAAACAAAUUCACCGCUCAACCAGCUUCAUGGCUCUUAAUAGUUGGAACAUUAAAUUUUUUGUAAGAAUAUACUAAGUCAAGAUAAGAAAAAAUGCUUUCACACGUAAAAAUUUACAAGUAAUAAAUGACACGUCAACCGAAAUUUGUAUAAAGAGUUAUGUCCUUAUCGCUGUUGCUCAACUCUUAUUUGUCUUCGUAUGCGAAAAACUAUUUCGAAAAUAACGUGAAAGUACUUUGGUACAAUCAGGAAUUUUCACAAAGUCGAUUCCCACCAGGACAAACAAGUAAAAAAGAUAUCUUCUCUUUUAUUUUAUCUGCACCGUUCCGAAUACGAUAUAUAAUUUUUAACACAAUUCUAGUUAGCGAAGCAUGUACUCUUAUUUGCCUCCUUGUUGCUCAACGAAUAUCUCAAACAGGAUUAAUAAUAUACGAUGCGGAGAAAUCUCCUAAACUUAUUGCUAUCAUAGCUGAAGCUAUGAUAGAGGGUAAUACUAUCCAUGCAUGGAUUGUUAAAAAAGGUUUAGUUUCUCAUCCUUAUCUCAGUACAGAAGAGGCACUGAGACUUGGGGGCAAAAGUUUGAGUCUAUUAAGAGAAUGGACAUUUCAAGUAUUUCAUGAAAAGAUUCAGAGAGGUUUAUAUCAACAUAUAAGUAAUUUUUUACACAAAUGGUACUUAGCACCAAAGUCUAAGAAUUUAUUUAUGCUUCUUAUUACUUGUGGACGAACAGUACUGUUUAUAUUUCAAGAAAAGACUUAUAUGGUAACUUUUUUCGACUCUCAUAGUCAUAGUACAAUUACAAAUCCAAAUCGGGGAUUAGUUAUUGCACAGACAUAUAUAGAGAAUUUGGAACAUUUAUGCAAUUGGUACACGAAGGAUAUAUUAAAUAAAUGUUACAAUACAAAAGCAAACCAAUAUGAGCUAGCCUUUUUAUAUCCAUCCAAUUCACCAUGCUGUGGCUGUGAUCCUGUAUGUAACUGUGGCAAUCAUUGCAAAAAACAAUAACACAUAAUCCUUACUUUUCAAGUGUCAAUAUGUAAAAAACUUUUUAAAGUUAUACGUAUACAUACAAAUAUAUUUUAAAAAAAGUAAAAUUUAUAUAUAUAACUUCAUUAUGAUGUGUGUAUGUAUGAAAUGAUCAUGGAACUUUUUGUUUAAUUAGACAUAUUAUUUAGAUUAAGACUGACGGAUUUAUUUACAUUAUGUACAAUUUCUUCCUAAAACUAUUACAAUUUUUUGGUGUUCACGCAAUGCAUAAACUACUAAAAAAAUAAAGUAGUUUAAGUCUGAAAAUCGUAUUUUCUUUAGUAUUAAUUAAAUAAAAUGUAAUAUACAUCUUUCAUGAAUUUUUUUCUGCAUUGCGCAAACAUAUUUCUGACAAUAUUUUACUGGACUCUCUUUUUUAUAUUGAAUGUAUAUGUCACGAACUGUUUUCAUUUUACCUAUUUUAACAUUUUUAUAAAAUAUAAUCCAAAAUUUCUGGACGAUGUAUUCUUUAUAUUGCUAAUUCUCUACUUUGCACCUUUCAAUGUCAAUAUAUCUAAACUGAUAUAAUGUUCUGGUUCCUUAACUGUUAACCAUAAAGUUGCAGAGAUAUAUAUUUUUUUACAUUAUAUUUCUUUAAUCUCUUUGUAUUAUAUAUAAAUUAAAAUGAUUAGUAGUAAAUUGAUGUACUUUACUAAACUACAAAAGCAUUAAUCACAUAUUGCAUUGUGAAGUA